CAGAAAAACUAUCCGGGGCGCAAAACAGAAAAAGAAAAAGGGAGAAGGAUAAAGUUGUUGGCGGGAUGAAAAAAAGCCUUUCAAUGUCGUUGAAAGACAGUAGCUGUGAGGAUGGAGGGAAAGAAGAGAAGAUGACAGAGGAAGAAUCAGGACAGACAGGGGAAAGCAACAGGUAUGAGCAUAAACAGAAAGAAGAUGAACUAGAACCACUUAAUAGAAGCAGAUUAACCCAGAUGAAAACAUCCCAUGAAAAGGAGCUUGAAGAGAUGAGGAAAAAAGAAGAACUGAGGUCUGAGCUUAAACAGAAAGAAGAUGAACUAGAAUCACUUAAUAAAAGAUUGACCCAGAUGAAAACAUCCCAUGAAAAGGAGCUCCAGGAGAUGAGAACUAAUUUCAGAAAGAAAGAGGAGGAACUUCAGAGAAGAUUGACCCAGAUGAAAACAUCCCAUGAAAAGGAGCUCCAGGAGAUGAGAACUAAUUUCAGAAAGAAAGAGGAGGAACUUCAGAGAAGACUGCAGGAAGCACCAGCUUUGAGAUCCAGUCUCCAGCAUUGUAAACCACAAGGAUGUGAACAUAAACAAAGUUUGACACAAUUGGAAAUAUUUUACAAAAAGAAGCUAAAUGAGGCUCGCUCUGCUGCCGCCCAAAAAGAAAAAGAAUUUAAAUCUCUCAAAGACAGACUGGCAGCACAGGUGGCCAUUUCACUUAAAACAGGAAACACUGAGAGCAUGAACGACCCGGUCAGUAAAACCCGACUGACUGAGAUGUACGACAACCUGAAGCUGCUGCAGUGGCCGAAUAUCAAAGAUCGGCUGAAGUCCAGGAAGAUCGGGCCAAAGGAGGCCAAAGACCUGAUCCAGAGAACCUUUGGAGAUGCAGCAGAAGAAAUGAAGAGAAGGAAGCAGCAGAUAGAGAAGAUGUUCCAGGAGACCAGGUCCAGCAGUGGACCGAUUCCUCAGAAGGUCAAAGAGUACAGACAGCUGACAGUUCAGAACCUGCAGAUGGCGCUGUUCCACACCAGCAAAGAAGAUCUUUUUAAGACUGGUUUCCUGGAACAUGCAGGUCAGUUUCCAGGGGAAGUGAAGGAGGAUCUCAGACUUCUGGCCUCUGAAUGCUACUGGCUGGGCUGCUUGAUGGCUUUAAACAUUCCUCCUCUUCAGCCUGACUGGAAGAACCAUGAUCCUGGGUUUGAGUCCUGGGAUAUCUUUCCUCGAGACAUCCAACCGUCUGACUUGUAGAGGAAGCAGAUGCAUCACUGCAGAGAACACAUUCUGACAUCAUUUUAUCAUAACUAAUUAUUUUAACUUGUAGUUGUGUUCAUUUUGGAUUUUCUUUGGCUUUAUAUGUAUCAUAGUGACAGAAUGAAGAAAAAAUAUAUAUUAUAGGGAUUAUUUUAAGCUUAAAGCUGAUCCUGCAGGGAAACAUAACUUUUUUUUCCAGCCUGAAAAACACACCCACUCCAGAAAAACACAAUAACAGAGAUAUACAUCCUUUGUAUCAUUAUGUGGUUAAACGUACUGCCUUGCAGGAAGAAGGUCUGAGCUCAGGAUUUCACAUCGUCUCCUGUUUUGUCCAGGUCAAAAACAUGACUGUUAAUGAUGAAUGAAAAAUCCUCAUGUCGUGGCAAAAGGUAUUCAACUAUUCCCCCAGUUAAAUAAACUCAAUGGAUUUUACUCAGUCGGCACUUUAUUUUAUCUUUGUAAAGUGAGAACAUUUCCUCUUACGGCCCUUAUUGCAUGGUUAUCAGCCCUGUUCCGAUCUGGGCAGCAUUCGUUCCCCCUUAAUUACAAAAACAGGAAGUAGUCAGAGUCAAAACAAAUUACAGACACUUUGGUUAAACAGUAGCAUGUUAUG